AUGGGAGCAAACGCCUCCAGCAAGUCACCACCCUCCGAUGAAAACGAAGAUGUCACCUUCGACCAUUUUGAAAUUUUGCGAGCUAUUGGGAAGGGCAGCUUCGGAAAAGUCUGCGUUGUGCAAAAGAAUGACACCAAGAAGAUGUAUGCCAUGAAAUACAUGAAUAAACAAAAGUGCGUGGAGCGUAAUGAAGUGAAAAAUGUUUUCAAGGAGCUGCAGAUUAUGCAGGGCCUGGAACACCCCUUCUUAGUUAACUUAUGGUACUCGUUCCAGGAUGAAGAAGAUAUGUUUAUGGUUGUAGACCUGCUGCUUGGAGGGGACCUGCGUUACCAUCUCCAACAAAAUGUGCGGUUCCAAGAAGGCACUGUGAAACUCUUCAUCUGUGAGCUGGUGCUGGCCCUUGACUAUCUCCAGAGCAGGCACAUCAUCCACAGAGACAUCAAGCCUGACAACAUUUUACUGGAUGAGCAUGGACACGUGCACAUCACUGAUUUCAAUAUUGCCACGAUGCUGACUAAAGAAAUACAAGUCACCACCAUUGCUGGCACAAAGCCAUAUAUGGCACCUGAAAUGUUUAACUCUGCAAAACCCACCGGCUAUUCCUUCGCUGUGGACUGGUGGUCAUUGGGAAUCACUGCCUACGAGCUGCUCAGGACCCGGAGGCCGUAUCAUAUUCGCUCCAACACUUCCACAAAUGAAAUCGCUCACGUGUUCAGGACGGCUACAGUGAUGUACCCUGCCGCUUGGUCCACAGACAUGGUGUCGCUAAUCAAAAAGUUGCUUGAGCCGAACCCUGAGAAGCGUUUCUCUCAGCUGAAAGAUAUCCAGGACUUUCCGUAUCUGUCAGAUGUGAACUGGGAUGCUGUUCUCCAGAAACGGAUAAUGCCAGAAUUCAUUCCCACGAAAGGCAGACUGAACUGUGACCCAACCUUUGAACUGGAAGAAAUGAUCCUAGAAUCCAAACCUCUUCACAAGAAAAAAAAGCGCUUGGCUAAGAAGGAGAAGGACACCAGCAAAAGCAAUUCCUCCCAGGCCUGCCAUCUUCAAAAGCACCUAGAGAUGCUCCAGAGGGACUUCAUUGUUUUCAACAGAGAAAAGGUGAGACACCACCACCACGACACCCAGGAGACCAUAACGCAGGCAGAAAGCAGAGGCGUGUACAAGGAGGACAACCAGAACAAGCACCUCUGA